GACCCGUACCUUGUAUUCAAAAACAACAUUUUUGAAGUUCCGUUAUAAACCAAAGUAAAUUUGAAUUCAUUUCUAGUAAUAAAAUGUAUAGUUUUAGAUAAAGUAUAAUACCGUGAGUUUGUUUGUGUAUACACACAUAAUAUGUGUUUCAGUUUUGCAAGCGUGCAGUGAUCCAAUACAAGUGUGUGCGGAUUAAGAGUUUACUGAUUUGUGGUUUUUGCAAAUGACCUUCUGCGAAAAGAUAUUUAGAUAUCCAAUGUGGAAGCCGGCCAUCAUAUUUGUGCUGUUCGCAGUGCACAUCAAUCAACUGGAUAGUAUGGUCACAGAAUUCCCGCCUCUUUUAGAAGACUUGUUUGAUUUCUUAGUGGAAGGCAUAGAUUACACUAGACAUCAGACGCGAGACGAACUAAACGAGUUGAAGGAAUAUGAUUUCAUCAUAGUCGGCGCUGGUUCCGCCGGAGCAGUAGUGGCCAAUCGAUUGUCGGAAGUGCGCGCAUGGAAUGUAUUGUUGAUCGAAGCCGGUGAAGAAGAGCACUUCGUGAUGGACAUCCCUCUGCUAGCAAACAUGUUGCAGUUCACCGAAGCUAAUUGGAAGUACAAAACAAUGCCCUCCGACAAUUAUUGCAAAGGUCAUAUAAACAGGCAGUGCAAUUUUCCAAGAGGUAAGGUAAUGGGAGGUUCAAGUGUACUGAACUAUAUGAUAUAUACCAGAGGCCACAAAAAAGAUUAUGAUGGAUGGGCCAAUGCAGGAAAUGUUGGUUGGAAUGCAGAUGCAGUGCAAAAGUAUUUUCUCAAAUCAGAAGAUGCAAAUAAUAUUACUCUUCGAGAUUAUAAUUUCCAUAAAGAGGGAGGAUUCCUUUCAGUAUCAGAAUCACCAUACAAGAGUACGUUAGCCAAGUCAUUUGUUCAAUCCGGAUAUGAGCUUGGAUAUCCUGUAAGAGAUUUAAAUGGAAAAAAUCAAAUAGGUUUUAAUUUUCACCAAUUGACUAUGAAAAACGGAUUACGAUAUAGUACUAAUGUAGCGUUUCUUCAUCCUAUACGCAAACGGAAAAAUUUAUUUAUAAAAAAAAAAAGUCAUGUAACUCGGAUAUUGUUUGAUACAACUGGCCAUAGAGCAAUUGGAGUAGAAUAUUAUAGAGGAAAUAAAAAUUAUAGAGUUUUUGCACGCAAAGAAGUUAUUAUUUCAGCUGGAGCAGUUAAUUCUCCACAAUUACUCAUGUUAUCAGGGAUUGGACCAAAAGAUCACUUAAUAUCAAAAGGUAUUAAUGUUUUACGCGAUUUACAGGUAGGCCGUAAUCUAAUGGAUCAUGUAGCAUUGGGAGGUUUAACAUUUACUGUAAACGAUACAAGUUCAAUAAGAAGGCAAAGGCUUUUGGAAGAUCCCAAUAACAUACACAAUUUUUUAAAAUAUCAUAAGGGACCUAUAUCAGUAGCAGGAGGAACCGAAGCACUAGCUUUCUUUGACUUAAAUAAUAUUAAUGAUGUUGAUGGCCAUCCUAAUCUCGAAUUAUUAUUUAUUAAUGGCGCGGUGAGCUCAGAUGAAACGCUUAGAAAAUCAUUUGGCGUUAAGGAUAGUGUAUAUAAUAGUGUUUUUAAAAAAACAGAACAAAAAAAUACAUACAUGAUAUUUCCAAUGAUUAUGAGACCAAAAAGCAAAGGAUGGAUAGAACUAAAAGACCGUAACCCAUUUCGAUACCCAGCAAUUUACCCAAAUUAUUUUUCUGACGAAAGAGAUCUCGAUAUAAUAGUAGGAGGUGUAAGAAUAAGUGAACGAUUAUCACAAAUGAAUGCCUUCAAACGUGUUGAUGCUAAAUUAUGGAAAGAGCCCAUACCGGGUUGUGAACAUUUUCAGUUUGACUCAGACGAUUAUUGGAAGUGUGCAGCCAGACACCUGACAUUUACCAUAUAUCAUUUAUCUGGAACAUGUAAAAUGGGACCAAUAGGAGAUCCUACAGCUGUGGUUGAUCCAAGAUUAAGAGUUCACGGACUUAAAGGACUAAGAGUUAUUGAUGCCUCAAUUAUGCCUGAAAUUAUAUCUGCACAUACGAAUGCACCAACUAUCAUGAUUGCCGAAAAAGGAUCAGAUCUAAUUAAAGAAGAUUGGGGUAUUAUGGUUUAAGUUUAGAUAUUUAAAAAUUAAAUAGGUAAGCCAUUGUCUGUGAUAAAAAUAAAACAAAAUAAUUGUAUCAGUAAUAAUUUAUAACUUAAUAUUAUAAAUAUGUUUUAAGUUACACUUUGUAUUAUAUAAUACAUUUAUAUUUUAUA